UGAAGAGAAACCAGAGAUCAGGAGUAAAGGAGGCCACAGGCCAGGGUACAGCUGCAAGCUGAGAGUGCCGGAGACCCAGGAGAACCACGAGCUGGCACCUGGGGCAGAAUCUGACUUCACAAGGAGGAAGGAGCAGCUGGCAGUGGGCUCCAUUCCUGAGAGGACAAAGAGGCUCACCUGUGCCCCUGGAUGGAGAGACCAUGACAAGACUCUGGGGGUCCUGCCUGUUCCUGCUCACCCUUGUGGUGGCCCUGGUGGCCAGCACAGACCCAGACAAGAAUAAGGUCAAGGUGGUAAGGGAAUUAAAAGUUAUUGAUGCCUCUAAUUACAACGUGAAGCAGUGUCUGUGGUUUGCCAUGCAAGAAUACAACAAAGAGAGUGAGGAUAAGUACAUCUUCCACGUGGUCAAGAUAAUGCAAGUCCAGCUGCAGGUCACAGACCGUUUGGAAUACUUUAUUGAUGUUGAAAUUGCCCGCAGCAAUUGCAGAAAGCUUUCAAACAGUAAUGAAAACUGUGUCACUCAGGAAAACUCCAAACUGGCAAAGAAACUGACGUGCAACUUUAUAGUUGGAGCGCUCCCCUGGAAUGCCGAGUUCACCGUGAUGAAGAUGCAGUGUGCAGACCUCUAGAGGCUUCUGGAGCGCGCCCCACUGUCUCCGCCUUGCUCUGUGAACGGAACUGGUAGAAACAUGCUUUCCUCAUGCA